UUCCUCCCCCUUUCCCGUGUUUCACCAUGGCUUCUCGCAAGGAAUCAAUGUCGACCCCAACAGCCCCGAUGGCUUCCACGUCUUCAGGGGCAACGUUGGAUUCCCCUGUUAAGCAAAUCCAAAUAGAGGGACUGGUGGUGCUGAAGAUGAUCAAACAUUACCAGGAGGAGGGUCAGGGGACUGAGGUGGUGCAGGGGGUCCUGCUGGGCCUGGUGGUGGAGGACCGACUGGAGAUCACCAACUGCUUCCCCUUCCCGCAGCACACCGAAGACGACGCGGACUUCGACGAAGUUCAGUACCAGAUGGAGAUGAUGCGUUCUUUGCGUCAUGUGAACAUUGACCAUCUGCAUGUGGGUUGGUACCAGUCAACCUACUAUGGCUCCUUUGUCAGCCGGGCCCUUCUGGACUCUCAGUUUAGCUACCAGCACGCCAUCGAAGAGUCCGUGGUCCUUAUCUAUGAUCCCAUUAAGACAGCCCAGGGCUCCCUGUCCUUGAAGGCCUACAGGUUAACCCCCAAACUGAUGGAGAUCUGCAAGGAGAAGGACUUCUCAGCCGAAGGGUUGAAGAAGGCUAUGAUUGGGUUCGAACACAUGUUUGAAGAGGUUCCCAUCGUGAUCAAGAACUCACACCUAAUCAACGUUCUGAUGUGGGAGCUGGAGGAGAAGUCCACUGUUGCUGACAAACAUGAGCUACUUAACCUCUCCAGCAGUAACCACUUGGAGAAGUCUCUUCAGCUGCUAAUGGACCGGGUGGACGACAUGAGUCAGGACAUCGUCAAGUACAACACCUACAGCCGCAACCUCAGCAAACAGCAGCAGCAGAAACACCAGUACACCCAGCGGCGCCAACAGGAGAAUGCCCAAAGGCAGACCAGGGGAGAACCUCCUCUACCUGAAGAAGACAUCAGCAAGAUGUUCAAACCUCCACAGCCGCCCCCUCGCAUGGACACUCUCCUCAUAGCAGGUCAAAUUAACAAUUACUGCCAGAACGUGAAGGAGUUCACCUCUCAGAACCUUGGCAAGCUCUUCCUGGCUGAAGCUCUGCAAGGGCAUAACAGCUAGAAGAGAAGACGAGUAGGAGACCAGGAGAUGCAGACGCCCUUUUACACCCGCUCAAAUCUCUCCGUACACGUCUGUAUGGUAAAUGGCAACAUUCGUAGUGCGCCGACGGUCAAAAGAA